CCAGAGCUGACCCUGAACCCCCCAGAAGGAAUAGUAGCAGGUCCCAUGAAUGAAGAGAACUUCUUUGAAUGGGAAGCCCUGAUUAUGGGUCCUGAAGACACCUGCUUUGAAUAUGGGGUUUUCCCUGCCAUCCUGAGCUUCCCACUUGACUACCCCCUAAGUCCUCCGAAGAUGAGGUUCACGUGUGAGAUGUUCCAUCCCAACAUUUACCCAGAUGGAAGAGUUUGCAUCUCCAUUCUUCACGCUCCUGGGGAUGAUCCCAUGGGAUAUGAGAGCAGUGCUGAGAGGUGGAGUCCAGUGCAGAGUGUGGAGAAGAUCCUCUUGUCAGUGGUCAGCAUGCUGGCAGAGCCCAAUGAUGAAAGUGGAGCCAACGUCGAUGCCUCCAAGAUGUGGCGGGAAGACAGGGAACAGUUUAACAGAAUUGCCAAGCAGAUUGUGCAGAAGUCACUUGGACUUUAAGCUCACAAAGAGACUGAAGUGUUUUGUAUUUUUCUCCACCUGGAAACGAGCAGUGCUCAGUGCUGGUACCAAAAAGGAAAACUUUGCAAAACUAUUGGCCUAGUUCUUCUUAUCGUUCGUUAUUUAUUUACCAUCUCUUUUCUUCUUCCACUGCUCCAGAGAAGCCUCUAAUUUACUUACUAAAUUGUGUGGAAAAGGGAUUUAAUACUAGGGAAAAACACAGAGGCAGUGUUGUUACAGAGGCUGCUUGUUGCUACCUCACUUCAGGGUAUGGAAAGCUUGGAGACUUUACAAUCUGCAGCCCAACUUGGCCAAUCUGCUGGGUGAGAACAGAGCUGGUUUGGAUCACCUGCUGGAAGAAUUAGUUGUAUGGUUUGUUUUUCUAGGUAGCAUUGCAUCUGGAGCACCAGUAGGCAGGAAAUAAUC